UGUUUUUCGCGCAUCACGCCGCCGUCGCCGCUCCCGUGCGUCCGCACGCUGCCGCUUCGACGCGCCUGUCAUCUGGAGGAAACUCCUCCCUGCAGACCGCGCGUCCUGUCGCCUUUCCAGCGCAAUGGUCUCCUGGAUCAUCUCUAGGCUCGUUGUACUAGUGUUUGGUACAUUAUAUCCUGCAUACUCUUCUUAUAAAGCUGUGAAGUCAAAAGAUGUGAAAGAAUAUGUAAAAUGGAUGAUGUACUGGAUAAUAUUUGCCAUUUUCACCACGAUAGAAGUAUUUACAGAUAUGUUUCUUUGUUGGCUUCCUUUCUAUUAUGAACUGAAGAUAGCCUUUGUGGUGUGGUUACUGUCCCCUUACACUAAAGGCUCCAGCGUGCUCUACAGGAAGUUUGUUCAUCCCACACUUUCCUCAAAAGAAAAGGACAUUGAUACCUAUAUCUGCCAAGCAAAAGACAAAAGCUAUGACACACUGAUGCACUUUGGGAGAAAAGGGCUGAAUGUUGCUGCCUCAGCCGCUGUCAUGGCUGCAACAAAGGGUCAAGGAGUGUUGUCAGAUCGACUGAGGAGUUUCAGCAUGCAGGAUCUGUCCUCCUUCCAGUCGGAUCCUGCUGAGGCCGGCUCUGGUACCAGGCAGCCUGUGGCGGCGCAGCACCAGGCCAGAACGAUGACACGCAGCAAGUCUGAAAGCUCCAGUAAAGGACACGAUUUUGACAUGAAUGAAUAUGAGGUGUUGGACAGCUGGUACUCCAAGGACUCGGUGUCCCAGACUAUUUCAACUUCUGAGACUGAGACUGAGCCCGAGCCUGUUACACCCUACGUAAUCCCCAAACCCGUCUCCACGCCUACUCCACCUCCCAGUCCUCCAGCUCCAGAGCAACCUGAGAGGGUGGAGAAGGAGGUGCAGACAGCAUCACACUCCCCUCAGGUCAAGCUGGUUAAGAGGAAGGCUCCUGAGGUACUGUCCAUUAAACAUGGCUGCUCAGCUCUGCCUGAUUCUAACUGCCCCAUAAGACUGAUGAUUAACUCACUGAUUCACCCCCCCCCCUUUUUUUUUUUUUUUUUACUUCUGUGUGGCUACAUGAAUCAUCACAGUCCAGUGCUUCUGCAGCUGUGGAUAGUGUGCCGCCUCCUCAUAGAGUCUUAAGGCCUCUCACAAGAUCCAGGAGUGCUUUUUCUUCAAACAACGAAGCCAUGUGAAACUUGCCUUCAAGACUACUCCAGCUGCCUUUGCUGCAAGAAGUAAAAAUACUGAAUGGCCAAAAGCUACAUGACUGAAGCAGCUUUGCUUUGGAACAAGGUAUUACCAAAGUGACCUACAACCCCUCUCUCUCUCUCUCUCUCUCUCUCUCUAUAUAUAUAUAGCAAAUAUAUAGCUUACGGUAAGAGGUUUUUCAUGUUGAGAGAUCUUGCUUUUUUGUUUUGGUUAUUGAUACUGUUGAUGUAUGUUCAUCCUUUGUUUUUGUAUACAUGAUCAGGUUUGGGUAGG